AGACACCGCCGGUUGGUGCCUGCUGCUCCGCAGUGGGGGAGCGGCGCGAGCAGAGCCGGGCCGGCACCAGCAGCACCAGCGCUUCCCGCAGCCAUGUCCGUGGUCGGCAUCGACCUGGGCUUCCUCAACUGCUACAUCGCCGUGGCGCGCAGCGGCGGCAUCGAGACCGUCGCCAACGAGUACAGCGACCGCUGCACCCCAGCUUGUAUAUCUCUAGGAUCAAAAACCCGAGCCAUUGGCAAUGCAGCAAAGAGCCAGAUUGUCACAAAUACUAAAAAUACAAUACAUGGCUUCAAAAAAUUGCAUGGAAGAGCAUUUGAUGAUCCUUAUGUACAAACUGAAAAGAUCAGACUUCCCUAUGAGCUUCAGAGGAUGCCAAAUGGGAGUGUAGGAGUAAGGGUGCGAUACUUGGAUGAGGAGAGACCAUUUGCAACUGAACAGAUUGCAGGAAUGCUGCUGGCCAAACUUAAAGAAACUUCAGAAAAUGCUCUUAAAAAGCCAGUGGCAGACUGUGUGAUUUCAGUCCCUAGUUUCUUCACUGAUGCUGAAAGGAGGUCUGUAAUGGCAGCUGCACAGGUGGCAGGGUUAAACUGUCUGAGACUGAUGAAUGAGACUACAGCAGUUGCACUGGCAUAUGGAAUAUAUAAACAGGAUCUACCUGCCUUGGAGGAAAAACCAAGAAAUGUAGUCUUUGUAGAUAUGGGACAUUCUGCAUAUCAAGUUUCAGUCUGUGCUUUUAACAAAGGAAAACUGAAGGUCUUGGCUGCUGCCUUUGACCCUUUCUUGGGAGGCAAAAACUUUGAUGAAGUUUUAGUAGAUUACUUCUCUGAAGAAUUCAGGACAAAAUAUAGAUUGAACGUAAAAGAAAAUGCUCGUGCUGUUCUACGGUUGUAUCAAGAAUGUGAAAAACUAAGGAAACUUAUGAGUGCUAAUGCUUCUGACCUUCCACUCAAUAUUGAAUGCUUCAUGAAUGACCUGGAUGUCUCCAGCAAAAUGAAUAGAACUCAGUUUGAGCAGUUAUGUGCUCCUCUUCUAGCCAGAGUGGAGCCUUCCUUAAGAGCAGCAAUGGAUCAAGCUAAACUGCAGCGUGAAGACAUAUACGGUAUAGAAAUUGUAGGUGGAGCUACUAGAAUCCCUGCAGUGAAGGAACAAAUCUCUAAAUACUUCUGUAAAGAUAUAAGCACCACAUUAAAUGCCGAUGAAGCUGUUGCAAGAGGUUGUGCACUGCAGUGUGCAAUUCUUUCCCCAGCAUUUAAAGUGCGUGAGUUUUCCAUCACAGAUGUUGUUCCUUAUUCAAUAACUUUAAGAUGGAAGUCUUCUUAUGAGGAAGGAACAGGGGAAUGCGAAGUCUUUAGUAAGAACCAUGCUGCUCCAUUCUCAAAAGUGAUUACGUUCCACAAGAAAGAACCAUUUGAUCUGGAGGCAUAUUAUACUAACCCACAUGAAGUGCCUUACCCUGAUACCAGGAUAGGGCGUUUCACUAUUCAGAAUGUUGGUCCCCAGCACGAUGGUGACAAUUCCAAAGUGAAGGUUAAAGUACGUGUCAAUAUCCAUGGCAUCUUCAGUGUGGCUAACGCAUCUAUAAUAGAGAAGCAAAGCAUAGAAGGGGAACCCAAUGAUGUACCCAUGGACACAGAAUCAACAUGUAAGAAUCAACGCAAAGAAGACGAAUUGGAUAACAUGCAGAUUGACCAAGAAGAAGGCAAUCAAAAAAACCAGGCUGACCAGCAGAGCCAGGCAGAUGAAGAAACUGAACAAGUAGGGGCUGAAACAAAGACAGCAUCAGGAGACAAGCAAGAUAAUCCAGCACAGACAGCUAAAGCUAAAGCAAAGGUCAAGAGCAUUGAUUUACCUAUACAGGCAAGUCUGUAUAGACAACUGGGACAGGAUAUUAUUAAUAGCUACAUAGAAAAUGAGGGGAAGAUGAUGAUGCAAGAUAAGCUAGAAAAAGAAAGAAAUGAUGCCAAGAAUGCUGUUGAAGAAUAUGUGUAUGAUUUUAGGGACAAGCUGUGUGGAGUCUUCGAAAAAUUCAUCACUGAAGAAGAUUCAAACAGACUGACCUUAAUGCUGGAAGAUACAGAAAACUGGCUUUAUGAAGAUGGAGAAGACCAACCAAAACAAGUGUAUAUGGAUAAACUUCAUGAGUUAAGAAAAUUUGGUCAGCCUAUUCAAGAAAGGUACAUGGAACAUGAAGAGAGACCAAAAGCUUUAAAUGAUUUGGGAAAGAAGAUCCAACUUCUUAUGAAAGCAGUAGAGGCAUUCAGAAAUAAGGAUGAAAAAUAUGAUCACUUGGAUCCUGCAGAGAUUGAAAAAGUUGAAAAAUGCAUCAGUGAUGCUAUGAGUUGGUUGAACACCAAGAUGAAUGCUCAAAACAAACUAGGUCCAACUCAGGACCCAGUUGUAAAAGUUGCAGAAAUACUAGGAAAAUCAAAGGAAUUGGAUAGUUUCUGUAACCCUAUUGUAUACAAACCCAAACCGAAGGUGGAGCCUCCUUCUGAAGGCCAAGCAAAAGCUAAUGGUGAACACAAUGGACCAGUGAACGGGCAGAGUGGUGCUGAAACAAAACCGGAUCCAGCAAAGGACAGUUUUCAGCAGACCAAACCAUCUGGGGAAAUGGAAGUGGACUAAAUUUUACAUUUCUCUUUCACUUAAUUAAAAUAGUGCAAGUAACCAGAGGGUCCAUUCUUCUUUUGUUUGUUACACCUUACAGAUGCUCAGUUAUUCUUAGCCAAUUUUCUGUCAUUUGCUCUUGCAGUAGUUUUGAAAGUGUUUUAUAUUGAUUACACCUCCAGUGUUCAUUUCCAUUGAUGCUGCUUAUGUGGGGCUUUAGCUGAAUGUAGAUUGUAUGUCAGUUUAAGCUUUCCCAAUAUAUUUUAUAUCAAACGUACAGAAUUGAUAUAUAUGGCAACGAUCUACCUUAUUUAAAGCUUUUAUUGUGGAUAAACCUCAGCUCCUUUAUUCAGGAAAGGACACUGUAUUGCACUAUUGAUGCUGAAGUGUAGAUCUAAUUGCAUCUUUAUUUUGGAAAAAUAUUGGAAUUGAAGUGGCAUAAACAUUGUCACUUAAAGCACUGACCUUUUUCUAGUUAUUGUACUGUUAUAAUUUAAAUAUUAAAUUAGAGUUUAGCUGGCAUACUAGUCCGUCUUGUUGAUGUACCAUGAGAACUGUUCAGUCUUUCUAUAAACGGAGCAUAUAAAAUUAGAAAAGAUUUCUUAAUUUUUAGAGUCUUGUCACGAACAUAAUUUUAGUUGUAAUCAAUACUAGUCAAAUGGCUUUGCCAUUUGCUAAAAUUCAAACUAAUGGUUUCUUCACACUUGUCUUGUACAUAACCUACCUGUUCUCUUGAUAAACUGCUGUAAAAGUUACUGUAGUAUGAGAAGGUAAAGUUUUUGAGGACUGUUUAGAUGGGUCUCGCUUCCAAACGUCCCUUUAUUGCACAUUCCUCCUGAUUUUACUGGCUUGUUUCAUACUGAAUGAAACCUAAACUUGUUUCUUAUCAACCAGCACAUCUCUCACAUUUACAGCAGAGAAAUAAUGAAAAUAGAAUAUGGGAACAAACUGGCCUUCAGCUUACUUAAUACUGAGGUCAGGUUUAAAGUUUAUGGUUUGGGGUUUGAAACCUUUUUAAACAGGCAAAGACACCACACAAACGGUACAAGUGCUGUAGCUUCUGGCAUAUCCUAUCAGCUGCAGAAGUAAUGAGGUAACAUGACAUGCUACAAAAUACCUGUUUGACAUAAAACCAAGGUAUGUAAAUGUAUAUAACUAGUAAAACUACACCCUUGUCAUAUACUAGUAAAAGGCAAAUGUGAGAGGAUGACUAUUUAAAAAAAAAAAAAAAAAAAAAGCAAACAAUAUGGAAUCAAACAAAACACUUGUAAUAAUGAGAGAAACCAUGCCUGUUAAAUUAGGGCAAUCAAUUCUUUAGCUUUGAAAGUUUGUUCUGUAGACUUUUACCUGUUUAGUAAAUAGAUCUCUUACAUUAAAUUCCUAACUUAGUUUCAAAAGUAUUGUAAUUGAAAAUGAAAUAGGAGUAAUAUAUUUUGUAUCAACACUUGAAUCCAUCCCCUUAAAUUGUUAAAAGUUCCAGCCAUAACUUGGGUCCAGUUUGUGACGUUACUACAUAGUCACUGCCAUUUGUGGUAGUUAAAUAUUCAUGGAACCUGAGGUUUAUGUAGCACUUCCUAAACCAAUACCAGUAGAAGGAGUUUUCCAUAAGGAGCAUUAAAUUCUCCUGACUUCCAAAUCCUUGCUGUCCCAGUACUGAGCUGCCUUUACACAGAGAGGUUGUUCCAUUAAUGACUAAUGUUCAUUCCAUUAAUGACUAAGAUCAGACACGUGUUACUUUGACCCAACUCUUUGCCACCUCAUCCCAUUGUUUUAUCCUGAAUUCCAAACGUAAGUUAUGGCACUUUUUAUUCUGCAGGUUGUUGUGGAUUGGAUACUGGCAAAAAUGUAAAUGAAUGUCAUGUCCUGGCUGCAGUUUUAAUUUCCUAGUUCUUACAUUCCUUGGGAUAAUGAAUUAUGCACAUCAAGAUUUGCUAUACUAUGUAACUGAUUGUAAUUCUCUUUCAGGGGGACUAAAAAUCCUAUAAAUAUUGACUCUGCUCAGAAUAAAUGUUGAACAGAGCAAAAGAACAAUCUCCAAGCUAAAAAUAUUAAUGUGCAUGCCAUCUGCUAAAUUUGGAGAUGUAAUAAAUGUUGAUAUAAUACAAAAAGCUGAAAAUUUAUUAUAUAGCUUGCAUUUCAGAGAUGUACACAUCUUGUUUGCUAAAAAAAGGUAAUACUAAGAAAACUGAAUCAUGUAAAUAUUUUAUGAAGGGUAAUUGACCCAGACUUAGAAGUGGAACCCCAUCAUUAAAGGGGGAUGGUAAUAGAUUUUGUUAACUGUCUUGGACUUUGUUCAUGUAGCUUUAAACAGCAAAAUAUUUUCCCCAAUCAUUUUGCUGAGGAGAGAAUUUUAUAUAGUAGAAAAUAAAGUCUAGUUCUUGUUAUGAAAGAGCUACCAUCCUUCUUGCUUUCAAGAUGGCAAAUGUUUGACUGCAUAGACACUCCAGUCCUGUACUUAAAAAAAAAAAAUCCAGCAUGGUCUUAAUACAAUAGUGGUGACAACAGUUGGUGCAUUCCAAAUUGCUGGUGAGAAAGUGUUCAUAAAUCAUGAACUGGUUAUUGCUAUUAACAUUUAUUAUCUGAUAUAUCACUACAUUUUAAUUUUGAUUAUAGUAAUAAAAUUAAUCAAGGAAAUAAAUUCACUUAAAAAAUGCCUACUAAGAGUAGUACUGGGUGGUUUCUGCCUUAGCCAUAAAUAUUUGAUAAAAUACUGAAUGUUAUAGCAUUAAAAUUUGGAGACAGAUUUUAUGCAAAAAAAAAGGCUGAAUUAUCUAAGGACAAUUAAACAUGUGAAGUGUUGCAUUCAAAACUUAGACAUUUUCCAAAUUCAGUGAUAGGCAGAAUGUUCAAAUAAUUUUUCUUGUCAGUUUAAUGUAAAAGUCUGUCCCCUGGUGUCUGUCAAUGCUGAUAAAACUUCUAAACCAAUUCUGCGAGUAUAGAUUUAAUUUUUGCCAGUAAAAUCAUUAUUCCCUUGGAUACUGAUAGUGUUUAACUAACGUUGCUGUGACUAGUCUUAAAGCAAAAAUCUUUCUUUCUGGAUUUCUUUGUACUUGUACUCUUGUCAUAGACAAUGUGGUAUAUCAUUAGGGUGGUGCAUUUUUCUGAACAAACAGUUACGUUUGUUAAUUUAUAGUCUAAUAUUUAAGACACAAAUGCAGAAGUGUGAUGACCACCUUGUAUUUUUUUUGUUUUUCCAGGUAUGUAUCUGAUCUCCUCCUUAAAAAAUUUGAGUGCUUUCAUUUGAGGGAAGAGGCAGUUGUAGCUACCUAUGAAUGGUAUGAUUUUUCUAGAUUCAGUGAAAGCUAUCUUUCAUUGUUGGGGCCUUCAGUGGUCAAGGUCUUGGUUAAAGAGCUUUGGGUAUUAAGUUAGGUAUAUACAAUAAUAACUUAGUUUUCUUUUAUUGCUGUUUUAUUGUAGCCAACUAUGAACAGCAGAAACUAUAAUAUUCUGGGAGGCAGAAUUCCUGGUCCUGUAUUGAACUGAUCAAAGAAAUCAGAAGCUUUGUUGUAAAAUUUAUUAUGGAGUUACUGACAUAGUUACUUAAUUGAUUAUUUUAAUUUUGAAUUAUUUCUUUACCAAAUUUCAUAUUGCAUCAGAUUUUGAAGGUACUCUGCACUGAUAAGAUCUUUAAAAAAAAAUUUUUAACUCUUACGUAAAAGAAUUUCAUGCUUACUGAAUCUGUUUUGCAGACUACUUUUUAUAGAAAUAUUUAUAAAUAAAUGGAUUCAGAACUAACUCUUUAAAAUCAAUUUUUAACUCAAUUAAGCUGGCAAAGCUAAUCAGAAGGUAGCUGAAUACACUACCCUUCUCAUUUUUUUUUCUUUGUAAACUGAAUUUGGCACCCACCAGUCACAAGGGACUAACAAGAAUUAAAGAGCCCUUCUUCUUCUCCCCUUUACAUAUCCUCUUAAAUGGCAACAAAUAUUGUCCUUCAAUGUAGACUUGUAAAUUACAGCAGGAAACUAGGGCCCAGAUCCUUCAAAGGGUAUUGGAUUACCAUCUUCCACAUAAAUUUAGGAAUUGAGUUGCCUGGUCUGAGUCUAAGUGUUCUCUAGACACCCAAAUAUGCUGCUGCUAUUUGUGACACCAGAUUUGAAGCUUAGUUGCAGAUAUUUGUGGCUUGCUAAAUCCUUGGGUACCACUGCUACAGGUUAGUGCAAAGAAUGGGUUUUGCUAGGUUCACUAAAAAGUGGGCGUUGCUAAAUCUGGAUCUUAGCUUUCUUGCUGUGGCCAUUUACAUUGCUCUUGCAGACCAUUGGGUUAAACCAUUAAUCUUAGUUCUCAGUUUCAUGAGUUUUUUACUGCAAGCUCUUUUUCCUAAUAGUGCUCUUUUUUCCACCUAUUUGUUAUACUUGAUAUCCUCUAUUUGAAUUUAUGAAUCUAGCUCAAAUAUUGCAUAUUAUUGCAAUAUUGCACUCCCUCUUUUCCUACUGUAUAGAAAUCAUGUGAACAAUGUCCUCUUCUCUUGGAUUGGAAAAAAUGCCUGGUCUGCCUUGAGACCCAUUUUCUCUCUUUCCCCACCCCCUCCAUUCCCUGUACAAAAGUAUUCCUUCAUUUAUAUUCACAAACCUCUUUCCAACCCUAUUAUGGGUGCCAUGAAUUUACAGUUUUACAAAUCUUGAAUUUGUGCACUGCCCUGCCUCCAUUUCUUUCACAGAUUACUCAGCCUUAACUGUAAUUGUCUAAAAGGGGUUAGGGUUUAUGAAAGGCAGUUUGUUGAUUGUUUUGGAGAACCAGCAUCUUCCAUUGGGUUGCUGCUUAAUUUCAUUUGCAGCAACAGACAAUGGUCAGGGUUGCUGUAAUGCUUGUUCUUCAUCAGGGCUUCUUCUAGAUGGCCUCCAAAAAAUGCCACUAAUGAAUCGAUCCUUUACCUGAAUUUCUACAAACACUUCAGAGGAAAUAAGUUGAUUUUUUUUAAAUUUUCCACUACUUGAAGCUUUCCUUUAUUAUCUUUGUCCACACAUUGUUACUGCCUUUUUCCUUUGACAAUAAGUUCUACUUCAUUCCUCUGUAAACUUUGACUUGUGUUUGAGCAUGAUAGACUCCUGUUCACAGUCUUUAUUCUGUGCUUUGUUCUGCUUGUGAGACUUAAGGGAAUUCUCUACUUUAAAUGGCUGUCAAUCCACUCUUAAAGAAGUAAUCUGUUUUAGUUACAGACUGAAGGCAAUAUCUGGCAGUUGCUAAUGGAAGCUUCUUUCUAUGCUGCUCCACAGCCUUAAUGUGGCUCAAACCAAGCCAGAGGAAUUUUGCUACUACUAUUCUGGUUCCUUUCUGAAAGAGUGUUAUGCUUCAAAAUUGAAAAUGGAAAAACCUUUACAGAAUAUGAGAAUAUUAAACCCUGUUAUAAAUAGUGGAAAUAUGUUGAAUAUUAAGAACUUUAAAAUUAAGUUAUCUUCAAUGCCUUUCCAAAAUAAAUUUCUUCCUUUAGGCUCAUGAGGCAAUGACUUAAAGCAACUGAGUUAGAAGAAUAUUUGAUGUUUUUUUACCGAGCAAUUAAACAACGCAAACCUUCCUCUUACUUUGUGUCUAAUCAUCUUUAGUUUCAAGUAAAAUAACAAAUUAGGAUAACUUCUGAUGAUUAAAUAGGAAUUAGACUGCCUCAUGAGUCACUUAUUCUAAAGCUUGAGUUUUUUGUUUAAAGUCAGUUUUACCCAAUGUAAACUAGAAAUAUUUUUUUUUUCUCUUGCUUUAGUUUGGUUUUGGGUUUAUCAAGCAUAAAAUGGUGUUAUGCAGGAUUCAUUGCAAAGAAUGCAUUUUUUUAAUUCAGAAUUCAGUUUGACCUAAGUACAUCAGCUAUCCACAUUUAAGAGCUCAAAAGGUGUAAUUAAGUGUGGUUUAUUACAAGGUGAUAGUCAUUGAAUGUUGCAUAUUUGGAAUGCUGGUUUUGUUUACAUAUUUUAAACAUAUCUCAAUGGGACAGGGAAUGUGUUUAAACUUGAAGACUUACAGCAGUGUUAAAGUAUGCAAAAUGUUUAUGUAUGUAUGUAAAUGGCAUUCUUAGUGACAGAUCAUGUGCAGAUUGACAAUACUUUAGUUUAUUUUUGAAUGGCAAUGCAGAUUGCCAACGGCAAUGGUUGUGUAUAAUUAUAAUAAAUCUAUAUAUAAAUAUGCUACUUGAACCAUAAA